GUGACCCUGCAUCCUGGGAAUUGUGGUUCUGAAUAAUCCCCAAAUCGCCAAGGUCUUCCCCCGAGGCACGAAAUGCUCAGAAGGAACGCCAGGUAUUUCCGCAUGCUGGUCCUCGCGGGGGCCUUCUUCUGCGUCCUCACGUGGGCCAGAAGUAUAAGGCAGCAGCCAGUGACCUUCGAGGCGCCGAGCCGAGAGGACCGAGGCGCGGCUCGUGUCCCCAGCAUCAGCCAGGAUGCUUCAGCGGAGAUGAAGGAAGGCAACGAGACGGCGGAGGCUGAGCUGCCGCCGCCCGUCGCCGAAGCGGGGUCGAGCUGCCACCACACGAUCCUCGCCAGUCUUGACCACUUUUACGAGUUCAUUCACAGAAUUGACAUCAAGUGCACAAAUCUGAUGCAGAUGGCAGGACCUACAGACAACACGCUGCUAGAGGGCCGUCGCGUCUGUGUCGAUGCUGAAUACUUCGCGAGAGACCAGUGCCUCGUGUACCUCUUCGGCAUCAAGGGCGACUGGUCCUUCGCCGAGGAGAUGGAGAGGAAGCUCGGUUGCAAGGUCUUCGUGUUCGACCCGACCGUCGAUCAGGACGAGAGAAACCGCUCCUCCAGCAUCGCCUCCUACAGGAUGAGCGUGUCUUCGGAUUUCGGCGUCUCAGGGGACCCGCCCAAGAAGGACCAGCUCCUACGAAUCAUGGAGAUGCUAGGUCACGAGGAAUCGAUAAUUGACCUUCUAUGGGUCGAUAUGCCGGCUGGCGAAGAACUGCUGCUCUUGGGUGACCUGUUCUCCUCAUCCCAGCAGAUUAUCGGGAACUUUAAGCAGAUUGGGAUCAAUAUUCAUCCCAUGAAUGAGGGCAUGACAGAGAGGAUACGCAAGUACUGGUACUACUUCCAGCAGCUGACGUGCCACGGCCUCCGCCUGGUGACCCGACAGCCUAACAUCGAGUACGAGAAUCUGUUUAAAUUGAACAACAGAACGAGGUCCAGGAUUUACGAGCUGCUGUGGGCGAGAGAGAUUUAGGCCCUGAGAUUUUUUUUUUUUUUUGCUUUUCUCUCUCUCUCUCUCUCUCUCUCUCUCUCUCUCUCUCUCUCUCUCUCUCUCUCUCUCUCUCUCUCUCUCUCUCUCUCUCUCUCUCUCUCUUUGAUGAUGUGUGUGUGUGUUUUUGUUGUUUGUUUGUUUAUUUUUCGGUUAGGAAUUUUGCAGAUUUCUGUGCUGUUUGUGUAUAGACUGUUUCUCGAUGAUGGCCGUUGCAGCACUGUGGUCAAUAAACUGCUAAAUCUAAUAUAUUUGCUUU